AUGGCGUUUGAUGUUGAGCCUGAAAACACUUUUAAAGAUGUUUAUGAUCUGGCAUCUGCAGGAAUUCAAUCGUGCAUAUCACAGAUCCCAGAAAAAGUGUACAUCACGGACAAUAUGGAAAAAUCAGGCGGUGUCUUAGUUACACAUACGUUGAAAAUUUCUCUGUGUGAUGAACUGAAAUCCAAGUUUGUGUACUUUUUAAUUAACUUGCCUUCUCAUUCUUCGUCUGAGGAACCUGUUUGUAAUACUUCCAAAAGUGAUAAAAAUGUGUUCGAUUUUAUGAUGGCAUCAAGAAAGACAUUAAUGUUUCCUGAAAAACCUACACCACCAGUCUUUGACAAAACCUUAACUGGACCUCAAAAACUAUUUUGUGAUGUGCUAGAUUGGUGCAAAACAAUUUAUGAUGGCUGGUUCCUGAACAUAAGAGUGAUGUUGUUAAUUUGUUUCGCGAUUCUUGGUAAACUGAUAGGAAUCAAUAACGCAGGUAACAUCUGCCAACCACCAGAACAAAUUCACCUCAGCUUUGGAAAAUCAAGCAAUGAAAUGAUAGUCAUGUGGGCAACUCCCAUUCAUGUGAAAUCGUGGGUAACGUAUAGAGAAUCUGGCAAACAGGAGGAAAGCAAUUCUAGUAGUACCAUAGCUGAAUUAACACACGAUUCCGACUCAGCUUUCAGAUACAUUCACAGAGCUCUGUUGAAGGAUCUAAAAGAAGGUACGCUGUAUCAAUAUGAAGUAACAGCAGAGUGUCCACAAAAGAAGAUGACCAGCAAUUCCUAUAAUUUUACAACUAUCUCUUCGAACAAUAGCGCUCCCGUCUCGGUAAUAGUGUAUGGAGAUAUGGGGGUCAGUCAAAAUCUCUCAUCUUAUGUGGAUCAGUUGAUGCAGGAAAUUCAGUUAUUGAAGCAUCAAGCAGUCUGGCACAUUGGUGACUUUGGAUAUGAUCUUCACUCACACGGAGGCGAGGUUGGCGACCAAUUCCUUCGAGAAAUCCAGCCUGUGUCUGCUAUCGUGCCAUAUAUGACAGCACCUGGAAAUCAUGAAAUUCAUAAAGAUUUUCAUCAAUAUCGGACAAGAUUUAGUCAACCUAAUACAGAAUGGCCAAUACCGAUAGAUAAUAUGAUGUAUAGUUAUGAUCUAGGACCAAUCCAUUGGAUAAGUUAUUCAACAGAAGUUUAUUUCACCAAGGAUCAGAAUUACGUAAAGAAACAGUUCUAUUGGUUAUUAAAUGAUUUAGUUAAAGCUAAUAAAAAUCGUCACAUUCGUCCUUGGAUUAUUGUCAUGGGACAUCGUCCAUUGUAUUGCUCUAACACGGACAGUGAUGAUUGUACUAACAGGUGGUUUUCGGGCUGGGUGCGACACGGGUUAGAAGAUUUAUUUUAUGCUCAAGGUGUAGACCUCAUACUUCAAGGUCAUGAACAUUCCUAUGAAAGAACAUUCCCCAUGUACAAAGACAGACCUGUGUCUAACAAUUAUACACAUCCUCGUGCGCCUGUGCACAUUAUAUCCGGUGCAGCCGGAUGUUCAGAAGGUUCAGAUCCAGAGGCAGUUGUGACUAAGUCGUGGUCUGCUUUGAUUGAUAGAACAUUUCCUAGAAAGAACUCGUACGGUCGACUUCAUGCCUAUAAUAACUCUCACCUUUUGUGGGAAGAAAUAGCGUUUGAUUCACAAUCAAUUAUAGACAGUGUAAUGAUAAUACAGGAAGCUCAUGGUCCAUUCGAUAACGGUGUUGAUUGUGACGAAUUUGGUGGUGGUAGUCAUCCGAGCUGUCAAUGUCCAUUUGUGUUUCAUUUUCAAACUUGUCAAAUUGCAGCACCCAUUGUGAUAAUACUAACGUUCGCGAUAAUCAUCUAUGGCACUGUGAAGUGUGUAAAACGGAGAAGACUGAAUCGGACAACAGAAAAAGUGGAGUAUCUUUUAAAUGAUGCUAAUGAUUCUGAAGAAGAAUCCUGUUAA